CUCUUCACAUUUCUGCACAAAUCUUGAUUUCAUUUCAACCAACAGGCACCUCUUUUGGCUCCUGCUACGUUUCUUUCGCUCGUUUCUCUCUGUUGAUAGCUUCCAUUUCCUAUAAUUAAUUUAAUGCCCUUCAAUUUCUGACCCACCAUACUCUUCUUUUCUUUGCUUUUCCUCCUUGUUCUUUGCUCCUUGAAAGCUACUCCUCCCCUGUUUCACUCUUUUUUUUUCCUGUUUUUUUACUCUCUUGUCUUACUUGACACUAGGGUUGAUAAGUCCACUGAAACCAUGUUAUAAUCCUCUUAAAUGAGCUUUCUCCAAGUGGGUUUUUAGCUUUGUGAAGUCUUCUGCUUUUACUAGUUUUAAAGAGGUUUGCUCUGUUUUCCUCUCUGUUUUUAACUUUAACUCUAGGGUUUACACAAGGUUUUGCCUUUUUAUUUUCUUCAUUUUGUUAGCUUUUUUAGGUUUUAGUAUUUGCAACAUUUUGCGUUUGUAGAGUGCAAUGAGGUUUGUUUCAUGAGGUUUGUUGUUGAAGUUGUUUCACGGGUUUGAUUGGCUGAUUUAGUAUAAGAAAUGAAAUAAAUUUUGAAGUGAAAAUGGGUUUAUCAAGUUCAAAAACUGAGAGAAAUGAAGCUUUGCGUUUGUGCAAAGCAAGGAGGAAAUUUAUUAAACAAGCAAUUGAUUCAAGGUAUGCAUUUGCAGCUGCUCAUGUUUCUUAUACUCAGUCUCUUAAAAAUAUUGGCAUUGGUUUAAGGAGAUAUGCUGAGGCUGAGGUUUUGAUUGAGUCUUCUUUAUCAACAAUCUCAGCCACUGAGCUUGACAAAACACCAUCACAUUCAUCAUAUCCAUCACCAUCUCCUUCACAUAUUAAUGAAGUAUCUGAUUCGCCAUUACACAAUGAGCAAAGCCCUAGCCUUAGCCCUAGCCCUAAGCUCAAUCACAUUUCGCCACCCGCGGCGGCAUAUGUAAGCUAUAUGAGAACUGCUAAGACUGCUUCUGUAACUGUUAUGAUGAAUGCAAAUAGUGGUGUUAGUGGAUUUGUGGAUGAUGAAUCAGUGGCAAUGCCUUUGCCACCACCACCACCUCCUUUUGAGUCAGGCUCUUGGGACUUUUUUGACCCUAGUGAUGAGAGUGAGAGCUUUAGGUUUGUGGGGCAUAAGGGGGGGCUUGAUUUGGACUUUGAGGAUACGAGAGAUUGGGGACAGUUUAGGACUGAAAGUGUUGGUGUUGGUGAUAAUGUUGUUGAGAGAAAGGGGAAGUGGGCAAAGGUUGGUUCAGUUGGGAGUAGUGAAUAUUGUGAAGGCAGUAUGAAGCCUGAAUUGGGGCAAAAAGCUUCUGAAAUGACUGGUGAACCUGUGGAGUGUAAUGCGGCUAAUGGUUGUGGGAUGAGCUCCGGAGGAGUUGAAGCAAGACAGGUACGCUUGGAGCGAAAUGCGAGUGGAUCGGUGGGAACUUCAAGGGUAAAUGAUGCUCUUGAGCAAUCGGGUUCGAAGAAGGAGAAGACUGCAGUGGAUAAAGAUUUGUGUGCGGAAAGAGAGGACCCGUCAGAGUUCAUUACUCAUAGAGCUAAGGAUUUUCUCUCGAGCAUAAAGGAUAUAGAGCACCGUUUCUUCAGAGCAUCUGAAUCUGGCAGGGAAAUGUCUCGGAUGCUUGAGGCAACCAAUAUCAGGGUUAGAAUUUCUGAGGCAAAAGGGAGUUCAUCUGCCUCAGAUGCUUUGGCAGCGUUUCAUCUAGGUUGCUGCUGUCGGAAGAAUGGACCCGUUUCCGGUGAACCUGUACAACAUGUUACAAAGGUCAUUACUUGGAAGCGAGCAACAUCUUCAAGGUCAUCUUCAUCAAGAAAUCCACUAAACACAGGAGCAAAAGAUGAUAUGAGUGACAGUGGAAGUGAUUUUUUUGAAGAUUUCUGCAUGAUCGCGGGAAGUCACGCUUCCUCCCUGGAUAGGCUGUAUGCAUGGGAAAAGAAACUCUAUGAUGAAGUGAAGGCCAGUGAAUGUAUUCAGAAGCAAUAUGACCGGAAGUGUGAUCAGCUUAGGCACCAGUUUGCAAAGGAUCAUAGUGCUCACACAAUUGAUAAAACCCGGUCAGUGAUAAAGGAUCUAUACUCUAGAAUCGUAGUGGCACUUCAAUCUGUUGAUUCCAUAUCCAGGCGAAUUGAGAAAAUGAGAGAUGAAGAAUUGCAUCCACAACUUGUAGAACUAAUUCAGGGGUUGAUCCGGAUGUGGAAGGCGAUGCUUGAAUGUCACCAUGCACAGUACAUCACCAUUUCAUUGGCAUAUCAUUCAAGGAGCUCAACAGGAACCCAGGGAGAUACCCGCAAGCAGAUUCUGUCUCAGCUCCUGGAGGAGGUUGAAUGCUUUGGCUUGAGCUUUGCCGACUGGGUCAACAGCCUCACAUCUUAUGUGAUAGCUCUUAAUGGCUGGCUGCACAAUUGCAUUCUUCCACAACGAGAGCGUUCCAAAAGCAGGAAACCUUUUUCCCCUCGUCGAGCUGUGGCCCCGCCUAUAUUUGUUCUAUGUCGUGAUUGGUCAGCUGGGCUCAGCAGUUUGCCAUCAGAGGAACUUAGCAAUGACAUCAAAACCUUCUUGUCUGAUUUGCUACAAUUAAUGCAGCAACAAGCAGAACAGCAACAGGAGAAACAAAAAUUACUUGAUGCAAACAAUGGAGAAUCAGAAGGCAAAGAUGACGAGAAAAACGAUAAUGUCUCUGCGAACUUGUGCGGCUUACAUUCAAGUUUGGCAAAAGUUCUUGAUCGACUGAACAAAUUUUCUGAAGCUUCGCUCAAAAUGUACGAGGAUAUUAGACUGAAAAAUGAUCAAGCUGUAGAGUCAUAUGCGAGACUCAAGCCAGCCAGAGGUUCUAUAUAG